AUGCAAGACGCGCUCAUCUUCUUGCUCCCCUUGACCCUCCUCCUCGUCCCCAUCGUCGGCCGUCUCCGUCUCCGUCUCCGACCGUUUCGCCGCGCACCGCCUGCUCGUCCGCGGCGCCGCGCGUGCGGCUCCGGCGGAGUGGUGCUCGCCGCCGAGAGCAUGCGCGAGGCCAUGUUCGGCCUGCUGGCCGCGAUGUGCUUUGGCGGCGGCGUCGACGCCGGCCUCGUGCGCGCCAUGGCCGACGCCCAGGACGACCUCGUCCAGUGCUUCCUCGGGCUGCGCGUCUUGGCCACGCUCCCCGCGGUCACCGGGCUCAUCUACCGGAGCCGCUGGGAACGCGUGUUCGAGCUCGCCGCGGUUCCAACACGGUGGAGGAAGCUGGUCGAGCUCCGGCGGCAGCAGGAGGAGACGUACCUGCCGCUCAUCGACGCCCGUCGCGACCGGGCCAGCCGCCGCGGCGAGGCCCCGGCGUACGUGGACACGCUUGUCGACCUCCGCGUCCCGGACGAGCACGCCGCCUCGGGCGGCAACCGCCGCAGGCGCCGGCGACAGCAGCAGCGGAGGCUCACCGACGGCGAGCUCGUGGGGCUUUGCUCCGAUUUCCUCGGUACCUGCACGGAGCCCGCCGCGGCGGCGCUGCAGUGGAUCAUGGCGAACCUGGUAAAACGGCCGGACGUGCAGCGGGCGCUCCGGGAGGAGAUCGACGCCGCCGUCGGCGCGGACGCCGAUGAGGUCACCGAGGAGGUUCUCGGCAGGCUGGAGUACCUCAACGCCGUCAUCAUGGAAGGGCUCCAGCUGCACCCCACCGUGCCAAUGGUGCUCCGGCAGGUGAUGGCCGACGACCAAGUCGUGCUGGACGGCCGGCGUCUCCCGGCGGGCACGGCGGUGCACUUCCCGUUGGCGAGGCUGGCGCGGGACGAGGCGGCGUGGGCGGACCCGCGCGAGUUCCGGCCGGAGAGGUUCCUGGCCGGCGGCGAGGGCGAGGGCGAGGGCGUGAGCCUGGUGGCGGCGGCGGGCAGCGCCGGGGAGAUCAGGAUGAUGCCGUUUGGCGCCGGCCGGAGGAUCUGCCCGGGCAUGGGCGUCGCCGAGCUCCACCUCGGCUACUUCGUCGCCAACCUGGUGAGGGAGUUCGAGUGGGCGGAGGCGGAGGGCGACCACGCCGUCGACCUGCGCCCGGACCUCGUCAUGAAGCGGCCGCUGCGGGCGCGUCUCACGCCGCGGCGACGCCGGGAGGCCGACCCGUGCUGCAAAAAUAAUUAA